AUGCAUGCGCUGUGCUGCGCCCCGAGAGAGACAGACACCACAAUCUGCAGCAGCAGCAGCAGCAGCAGCAGCAGCAGCAGCAGCAGCAUCACCAGCAGCAUCAGCAGCAACAUCAUCAUUACUAUCAUCAGCAGCAGCAGCAGCACGAUCAUCAGCAGCAGCAGCAGCACCAUCAUCAGCAGCAGCAGCAGCACCAUCAUCAGCAGCAUCUUCACCAGCAGCAGCAGCAGCAGCCGCAGCAGCAGCAGCAUUAUCAUCACCAGCAGCAGCAGCAGCACGAUCAUCAGCAGCAGCAACACCAUCAUCAUCAUCAUCAGCAGCAGCACCACCAUCAUCAUCAGCAGCAGCAGCAGCAUCACCAUCAUCAUCAUCAGCAGCAGCAGCAGCACCACCACCACCAUCAUCAUCACCCGCAGUAGCAGCAGCAGCAGCAGCAGCAGCAGCAGCAGCAGCAGCAGCAGCAGCAGACUUUGUCGCUCAAAAGGCCUUGGACUUUGGUGGGGUGUAAAACCGAAGAAAAACCUCCCAACCCCAAUUUCCCAAAAGCCCCCCCUCCCCAGGUGUACAGACACCCCGGAGCCACUAUGCAUGCUGCAGCAGCAGCAGCAGCAGCAGCAGCAGCACAAGCAGCAGCAGCAAGGGCGCAAGCAGCAGCAGCGGCAAAAGCAAAUGCAGCAGCGGCAGAAACAGCACAUGCAGAAGCAGCAGCGGAAGCAAAUGCAGCAGCAGCACAAAGCAGCAGCAGCAACAAAAUGCAGCAGCAGCAGCAAAGUGCAGCAGCAGCAGCAGCAGCAGCAGCAAGAGGGCAUUGUCUGCGUUUCAUUGUGCUGCAUUGUUUGUUUGUUUUUGAAUUUCUUUUUAUUGCUGUUUUAUUUGUCUCUUCUGUUUCUUUCGUUUUUAAUUUCUUUUUAA